AUGGACAUGUCUGAGCGGCUUAGUCUGCUUUUCGCACACGACUUGUCUUUACUGCAGAAGGACACCGGAUUGCGAGUAUCAAACGCAGAGCCAACCUCUACAAAAGAAGACCAGACCGAUACAGAAGCCUCCGCAGAAGGUGUUUACACUGGCAGACAAACUCUGAACAUGGCAGCUCCUGGGUCAAACAGCAGUCCCAUGGCCGAUCAGAAGAGGCCCAAAGACAAGGAGGAGGGUGGUGAUGGCAUUUCCUCUCCAACCCAAUACUCUAUGUUCGACACAGGGAUCCAGCCAUCUCCUACUCUGAUUGCACACUCAUUUUGCCCCGCAUUGGCUAUUGCUAAGUUGCCCUACAAAUACAUGCGUGGCGAGAAGUCACAGGCCAUCGGAAGAUGUUUCUUCGACCAAGGACUGUUUUGGCAGAGAAAGUGGGAUCUGUAUUACAUUUUCCCUCCACCUGACGUAUCUCCACGUGCUAUUUUGCUCUUGCCGGCGGCGCAAGUCCAGCAGCUUCUCAACGAGCUGAACCAGGCCUUCAAAACCAAUCUGAGUUUACCGAUAGACACCGAUCUUGGCUUAUUACUUCCCUUUGUGGAAGAUGGCACCCCCAGACCACACCAUCUUGGUCAAUCAUGCAGCCGUGAGGCCAAGGAUGAACUCGUGGCCAAAAUUCCCGAGUCUCUCAGCGAGGAAUCUGACCUCAACGGAACCGUGUGUGGUACCUCAGAGGACCAGAGUGAAUCUGCCAAGGCCUUUCGAGCAAAAAUGGAAGCGGGAUUUGAUGCAUCAAAGAACAAGUCCAAAGCAACAAGGGAGAGAAAGCGGGCCGAGAAGAUCGACAGGCAUCGGGAAUGGACCCAAUCGCUAAAGAGAGGUCAGUGUUACAUGGGCUUGCAUCCUCGUCGUGUAUCCCAGGCUGAAAAUGCAAACAUACAUGAAGUUACAAACCAGACAGAAGCCCCAGUUACUAUGUCGACACUUCAAUUGAAACAGCCUGCGCCGUUUUCCUUUGCGUAUGAGCCGAUUUUUGUGUGCAUUGACAUAGAAUCCAACGAGCGCCGCCACAGAGAGAUCACAGAGAUAGGAAUCUCCACUCUGGAUACUCUAGAUCUUGUCAACGUCCCACCUGGAAAAGGUGGCGAGAACUGGAUCCGAUGGAUUCGUUCUCGUCAUAUUCGAAUCAGGGAAAGCGCUCAUGUUGUCAAUCACACUUAUGUUUCUGGAUGCCCCAACCGCUUCGACUUUGGCGAGAGUGAAUUCAUUUCUUUUAGAGAUGCGUCCAAAACAGUUGAAGGCUGCUUUAACCCCCCUUACUCUGCACAAAUUCCUGUCAAGUUUGUUGAGCAAGCACCCAAUGGGGAAAAGGCAAAAGUGACUAUUGAGACGGCGAUCAAGGAAUACAAACUUCGCCCUCGCAACAUUGUCCUCGUCGGACAUGGGGUUCAGGGUGACAUUGACUACUUGCGCAUUCUGGGCUGCAAUAUCUUUGCCGAUGCUUGUCAUCCGAAAAAAUCGUUUCAGCGGCUUUCCAAGGACAACUUUCAGAACCCUCCGCCACGGCUGAUUGAUUGCCUUGAUACUGCAAACAUGUUUCAGGUCCUCAAGCGCGACACGCACCACCGCGCACUUGAUACCCUUCUCAAUUCUCUCGGAAUCAUUGGAUGGAAUCUCCACAACGCCGGCAACGAUGCACGCUACACGCUUGAGGCUAUGGUACGUAUCAUCCUCAAUUCACGCUUGGCCCUGGGCGGCACUCCUCAAAUUCCACAGGGGGACUUUUUGGACUGGGGAAUGGCUUCGGCCGUGGAAACCGAGCAAGAAAAGAUGGCCGACGACACUAGCGAAACUACGACUCCGUACAAGGCCGCUUGGGAGGCUGAAGUUGAGCGCCGUGUCGCCGAAACAGUGGCCGACAGCGAGAUGCGAGUUCGUGACGAGUGCAAGAUCUGGGAGAUUGUGACGGGUUGGGACAGUGAGCAUCCGCCUACUGCGGACGAUUUUGACGGUGGCGAUCCCAAGGGAGUUGUCUUGCAGAGGCAGAGGCAGAAACAGUUUAAAUGA